AGCUGCUCGGCUAGAUGUGCCUGAUCAACCACAAACCACAACCUCAGCCACUAGCAUUGAUAUCAAAACACAAACGACGUUUCGAUCGAGCUUAAGCUUGCAUGCUCGCAUGCUCGCAUGUUAUCAUCCUUCACAGCCUUGUGUUCCGUCAGCAGACUGCGCCACAGCCAUGGCCUGCAAACUCUUGCCUACGAGUAGCGAUUUUCCAUCGUCCCUCAAACCCAUUAUCCACCUCCCACCCAAUAACAUGCCAACCAACAUCAUCCUCUUUCUUCCAGGCCUCGGCGACAACGCCAUCAACUUCUCAUCCUUCCCUCGCGCCAUGAAUCUGCCCGACGCACUGACGAUCACGCUCAACCCACCCUUUCCACUACCCUUCCCGCUCGGUCAUGGCCCUGGCGAUGGCGACUCCCGCUCGUGGUCCGAAGAUCUCCACAUCGACACGGCAACAGGCACUCUUGACACUGACCCUGACUCCUCAUCCAUAUCCCGCGCCGUCCAAAUGGUCGCACACGACGUCAUCCACGACAUCUUGAUCACCAGAUUCACUUACCGCCCCGACCACAUCCACCUGUUCGGCUUCGGUCAGGGCGCCUCCGUCGCCCUGUCUGUGCCUUUGCAUUCGUCGCUUCACUCCCAAUCACUUGGUAGUGCCAUGGCUAUCGGCGGCUCUCUACCUCUGUCCACCUCUACGCCAAACACCAAGAACAAGAACAGGGCGCCUAUCCUGCUUCUGUCCGGCUCGAGAUCGGCACUGGCCUCGCCGAACUCGAGUCCCUUGAAACGUGUCAAAUCAGCCUACGAGUUCGUCACGUUCCAUCAGUGGAAGAAGUCUGAUGACUCCAUGCCCAAGAACCGAGACGAGGUACUGCCCAUGAUGCAAUUCUGGGCACUGAGACUGAAGAGCAGACGUGGCGUGCCUGAUGAUGCUGUUGAGAUCAGCUAGAGCUUGGAGGACACAAAUAUCUGAUCAGCUUGUAAUGUACUGGUUCUGGAGGCUCUUCCACUAUCAUGGCCAUCCUAUGCACGAUUGCCAUCACUACUUCAGUCGAUCUAGUUCCUCCCUCGCCCUGAGCACAGCAUCUUCAGCUUCGCGCCGACUCUGGACCUCGACUUUAUCUUCGACGACUUUACUUCCAUGCUCAACCAAGUCUCUCAUCCGCCCCACAAUCCUCCGGAUUACAGAUUUGCCUUCUUCAUGCAGCCCCUGCUCUAGGGAUCUUGUGGCCUUCAACCAGUCGCCCUGCAUACGCCAGAGGGCGAAAGCUGUACCUAAUGCCACGAUUGUACCGGCCUCAUAUACACUGCCUGCCACGGAGACAUAUGUAAGUCCGGAGAGACCAGCUGAGAGACCUGUAAGUGAGAGGGUUUUCAACACAAUCUGUUGAGCUGUGCUGGUCAGGCUCGUAAUGGCGCGGUUCAUAUAUGCUGCCCGCGUGUUCGAUAUAGUUGAAGAGAAAGGCACAGGCUGAGAUAUGGGCACCAUCUCGAUUUCCGCGCGGCCAGUUCUAUUGACCACGACCGGUUCGACGGGUGGGUCGGUUGCAACGUCUGCGUGAGCCCGCAGUACCUGGGUGGGCUCUGUUAUGACUUCUGCCCCGGCCAUGGGUGAUGAGACUCUGUCCACCUGUGGAACGUCCAUCGGAGAUAUGCCUGCUUGAGAUAGCCGGCCGGACAGCUCGUAGACGGCUCGCUCAGUUCGUGGCAGCCAAGCAUUUGUUACAAGAUCAGCGAUGAUCAGGCCAACAUCAUCCACGCGCCAGAAGAGCUUGUACCAUGCCAAUUUUCGCCAGUUACGUGAGCUCCAAGCAGAUGCCAGUCCGGAUUGGAGCUCCUGAUGUGCGUUCCGCGAGAAUUCUUCGAUGGAUGCUUCUAGGUUAGUCCUUGUCGAGAAGCUCAGGGUCCUAGCUGCACUUGACCGGGCUUCCAACGCGGCCUGAGCUUGCAUGUUUCUUGUAGCGUUUGUAAGAAGCGAAGAUAUCAGUGUCUUCACGGGUGCUGGUAUUGCUCCCUCGGACCGAGCGGCUGAUGCGGAGGUAAGCCAGCUUGAUAAUGAUGGCAUUCCAGAGUCG